UCCAGAGUCAGCAGCAGCACCCAGUCCCAUCCUUGGGAACUUCCCCCAGGAGAGGGAAUGCCAGUGGGUCCUGUACCUCCAGGAUUCUUCCAGUCGUUCAUGUCACCUCGUUAUCCUGGUGGGCCCAGACCUCCCCUUAGAAUACCUAAUCAGGCAAUGGGGGUCCAUGGUAACCAGCCUAUGCUACCCAGCGGAAUGGACCCCACAAGACAGCAAGGGCAUCCAAAUAUGGGCGGGCCCAUGCAGCGAAUGACUCCACCCAGAGGGAUGGUCCCUCUUGCGCCACAGAACUACGGUGGAGGGAUGAGACCUCCUCUAAAUGCACUUGUCGGCCCUGGGAUGCCUGGCAUGAACAUGGGACCUGGUGGGGGUAGACCUUGGCCAAAUCCUCAAAACGCCAACUCGAUCCCCUAUUCCUCUGCGUCUCCGGGGAGUUAUGUGGGUCCGCCGGGAGGAGGGGGGCCACCUGGUACUCCAAUAAUGCCCAGCCCAGCAGACUCGACUAACUCCGGUGACAACAUAUACACCAUGAUCAACACAGUCCCCCCUGGUGGAAACAGACCAAAUUUUCCAAUGGGUGCCGGUGCAGACGGUCCAAUGGGAGGGAUGGCAGGAAUGGAGCCACAUCACAUGAAUGGAUCGCUAGGGUCUGGUGACAUGGAUAGCCUCCCUAAGAACUCUCCUGGUAGCCUGAGUAUGAGUAACCAGCCGGGGACCCCCAGAGAUGACGGCGAGAUGGGGGGCAACUUCCUCAACCCCUUUCAGAACGAGAGCUAUUCUCCAAACAUGACGAUGAGUGUGUGAAGGCUCCGCCAGCUGGUCAGUUAGUGGUGUGGAAUGGUGGAAGAGACAGGACGUGAUGUCAUCUAUGCCCAGUGGCUCUUCCUCUCUGUGCCCUCCCUACCAGGACAGUGGACCCAGGCCUUGUUCUCCCCCUGGCCUUUCUCGAUCUGUGUUUGUUCUCUUCUUCUGUUUCCUCUCACUUUUACACUUGUGACCUUCUGCUUCGUUCAUCACCUACCAUCAGAGACUGUAUGAAAGGAACCUCCAUUCUAACAAACCAGGAAAUAAAAAUCCCUGUAUAUUUAUAAAUGUAUGUCACUGUGCAUACUCUCAGUCAUGCUAACACAGAAAGAUGUACCAUGCUCCACCAUCUUGUGGAAAAGACACUGAAAACCCUCAAGUGUAAAGAAAUCUGAGCGGAUAGCUUUCUGGCCUGUCUCCCCACCUGCAUUCGUUAUGAGUCUUGAGAUUUGAUGGGCAUGAUGGCAACCACAGUCUAUGAUUGGAUGAAUUAUAUUGAGAUGACAACUUCAGUCUCAUUGGAUAUACAACAACCUGGGAUAAAGCCUAUUUAAUGGUAUCCUCCGUCUCUCAUUGGAUGAAGAUUAUGGCAACCACAGUCUUUGAUUGGAGAGGGGUGACAGCUUCAGUGAUAUGAGAUCUUUGUCCCACAGUGAACAUUCACCAAUGUUUUUUUUGUUUCACCUCCAUACACUUGAAUCUGAUGUGCUAUAGAGAGAGAGAGAGAGAGCGAGAGAGAGAUCAUUCAGUACAGUAUGGGCCAUGUUUUCAAUUUCGUUUUUUAUUGGUUGGUUGAUUUUGUUUGGUGUGGUGAAUGGUUUGAGAAUGUACUCCUGCUUGUUGAGUUGUACACUGUGUAAGUGUACUGGCUAGAGAGUACUGUAAGGUCACAUCUUAUCAUUUACUGGGAGCAAUGUUCAUCCUUAUAUCUAUGUCUUGACUACGGGAAUCAACACCUAAAAACAAAUAGAGAUUUGCCAAUCUAACGAUGACACAUCUGAGACGGAGAGAACAGAGAAAAUGCAAGCAGUUGGUUGUCUGAAAGAGAACUAUUUUCUGCCUUGUCAAAAGGAUGCAAUGUCUGUUAUGAUUUUUCAAAGAAUGCAAGACUGUAGAUUGAACGAAAAAGGAAAACUAAAAGUGCAGCAAUUGGUGACAAUGGUUGUAGGGAUUUUUGUGUGAAGGUAUUAUUAAAAACAUGCAUUU